AUGUUGUUUGUUCAGGAGAAUACCAAUGUCGCUGUCCCGCUAGUCUUCGCCCUCUAUUCGGACCCAGAGACAGGCAAAAGUUUCAUUGUCAUGGAGCGUAUACUCGGUCAAACUCUUCUUUCAGCAUGGCCGCAACUUACAACAUCCGAGAAGCAAGAAAUACUGAAGGAUCUACGGAGAUACUUUGACGACCUGCGCCAGCUUCCAUCUCCAAAGUACUAUGGCAGUUUCGACAAAAGACGGCUCCUAGACGAGAUAUUCUGGGCACACGAGCUAGAUCCAUUGGUAGAUGGCCCUUUUGACUCCGAAGAAGGUCUCAACGAAGCAAUGUUGCGGAAGUACACCUACAACGGAGGCCCACUCUAUAGAGUGGAAUAUCUUCGAAAAUGCUUUCCUUUUGUCUUAAAGGGCCAUAACCCGACAUUCACCCAUGGUGAUUUACAAAGAAAGAACAUUAUUCUCUGCGAGGAAUUUCGACAAGACCAAGAAGGGCUACGCCUCGUGAUAACUGAUUUGGGGUAA